AUGUCGAAAGAUUCUGAGAAGAGGUUCCAUUCCAUCAUGGACAAGCUCUUUUUCGCUCCCAAAUCUGCGCCAAGCUCCACUUCCGGUUCAUCGAGUGUACAAACAUCAAGAGGCAAAAAGCGAGCAAAUCCAUCUUCUGCAUUGGCAUUGGUGGAACCAAAAUCGAGAAGUGAUAGAGUGGAGGCCUCGGGGCAUUUGUCAGUUCCCCCUGCACCGGCUCAUGCUCCACUAUGUAGGCCAUGGGACCGUGGGGAUCUUAUGAGGAGGGUAGCUACAUUCAAGUCUAUGACUUGGUUUGCCAAGCCUAAGGUGGUCAGUGCUAUAAAUUGUGCCAGAAGAGGUUGGAUCAAUGUAGAUACGGAUAUAAUAGCAUGUGAAUCAUGCGGGGCACGUCUCUUCUUUUCUACUCCAUCAUCUUGGAAUCAGCAGCAAGUUGAGAAGGCAGCCUUGGUAUUUAGUUUAAAGCUGGACAAUGGACAUAAAAUACUUUGUCCAUGGAUUGACAAUACUUGUGAUGAAAUACUGGCAGAGUUUCCACCUACCCCGCCUCCAGUUUUAGUUGAUAAAUUUAGAGAACGCUGCUCUGCUCUAUUACAACUUUCAGUUCUUCCUGUGAUUUCUUCUUCAGCCAUUCAGUACAUGAAGAGCCCUCAGCUCGAGCAAUUUCUUGGACAGUCUUCUAUGUUUUAUGGCAAUGGGUCUGGCGACAUUGCUAGAACAGAACAUUCUGACAAUGAAGGCAGUGCAGAUUCUGCAAAGUUGUAUUAUCAGGCACAAAAGCUCAUAAGCUUAUGCGGCUGGGAACCUCGUUCACUACCUUAUGUUGUUGAUUCUGAGAACAGACUAAAUCAUUCGGUCAUGAAGGCAAAUAUUUCAAGUUCAUCUCAUUCAGCUACUAAUGGACAAAAUCCAAGCAUCAAUGUGCACUCUACUAGUAAUGAUGAACUUGUGGAGGUAGAGAGAAAUGCCAACCCUUCUAGUUCUAUACAGUCUGAACCCAAUUCUGUUGUCUUAGAUUGCAAGCUUUGUGGAGCCAGUGUAGGAUUAUGGGCUUUCUCAACAGUUCCACGGCCUCUGGAAUUUUUUAGAUUAGUUGGGUAUGCAGAAGUACAUUCUGAAAGUCAUCCUGGAACCCCUGAUUCAAGCACUAAAAAUCAUCUUAACAAUAGGGUAGAUACUCUAGGUGCUGGCUCAGAUGGUGCAACAUUGUCAAAGGAGAGGUUCUCAAAUUUAAAUUUGACAAUUGCUGGGGGUCCUCCACCAACAAAACAGAACUUCAAAGCAACAAUUUCUUUACCUGUUAUUGGCCGGAAUUUAAGGGCCCGGUUUUCAUAUGAUUCUGAGUUUAGAGAUUGUAUGUCUGUUAGCCAAGAAGUUAUGCAAUCUGAUUCCCAGAUGGAUAAGGGGGACAAACACUACCGAGAAAAUGCAGGAAAUGUCGGAUUGGAGAAUUCAGAAGUCAGGGACCCUAGAACAGCCUCUGACGCCAAUAUCACAUAUGAAAAUGGUGAAACGGACAAAAAUGACUCGCUGGUGAUGGUUUCUAGCGAAGGAAAAUUGUUACAAUCAGGAAUCAUUGUGGAUGGCAGCGAAAAACAAGAUUCUCCAAGUGUUCCAUCUAACUUGGAAGACAAUGCAGAUGUUAACAGCUCCAUAACUGAUGCCCAACCCACCUCAAACUGCGAGGGCAGUGAAAACAGAGUGCAAAUUCCCAUAAACAAUGAACUUGUGGCCUGCAGUAGUGGGAAGGACCUAACGCAUGUAUUGCCUGGUAGCACGAUGGAGUUUGAUCCUAUCAGGCAGCAUAGAUAUUUCUGCCCCUGGAUUGCAUCAGCAGGUAAUGGGGCACCUGGAUGGAAACAAACACUAUCUGCUUUACAACGACAGGAAGGGGGUUCUCCUUCGUCUAAAUCCAUAAUUAAGGUCGAUGACCCUGUCACUUCAAUCAGAAAUCUUUUCACGUCUCCUUCUCCAAAAAGAAUGAAGCCAACUGUUUUAACGCGAAACACUAAACAGUAG